AUGGGCAAUUCUACCGAGGAUGAGUACGAUUUUUAUGCUGACAUCAUAGAUGCUCCUGAGUUCUGGUCAGGCUUAGCGAUAGCUGGCAUGAUUUUGUCGGUCAUGAUUGCCCUAUCAAACGCUGUUUUACUUUUUACUAUUUACAAGGACCCAAGACGAUCAUUCCGUACUCCACCGAGUUUUCUUAUAGCGAACUUAAGCGCGGCGGAAUUUCUACAGGGUUCUGUGGCUGUGUUUCUAGUGGCUUUACGAGAUGUUUAUCGAUACCAAAGGGCUAUCAUGCCUCACGUUAAAGUCUUCAAGGCUGUUAUCUACACUGUUGUCUGCUCGACGCUGUUUGUUAGUAGCACAACAAUAAUAGCGAUGUCCGUUACAUGUUAUUUUGCUAUUAACAAGCCUAUUCUGUACAAGAACACAGUUACAACAAGAAGAAUCAAAGUUUCGAUUGGACUGAUAUGGACAACCGCUUUGCUCAUGUCAUUUCUACCAGCAACAAACAUACCGGAGAAGACCUACACAUUGAUUUAUCUUCACACGCACGCUACAAUUCCCGCCAUAUUACUCACGAUGACUUACGUGAAAGUCUUUCAAGCUCUCGCGAGACGCACGAGUGAGGCUCGCCAGAGCUUCAAGGAAUCAGAACUAGGAACAAGACAUAACCUUGUACGGGAAAGAAAUAUGGUAAUCACGAUUAUAAUUGUUCUGUCAAUGUUUUAUAUUACUUAUAUUCCACAAUACAUCACACUCCAUUUGCUGUACCUCUGUAAGGCAUGUGGAGAAUCCUUAACUUUUCAUAAAAUUGACGUAGUCCUAUCGCGGUUUUUGUUCAUUAGUUCUGCUGUUGACCCGUUCAUCUACGCCUGGAGGGUACCAAAAUAUCGUCGAGCAUUAAAAGAUUGUUUUAAAAUGCUCCCAAAGGAUGUGAGAUUCAGAUUUCUGUCAACUCGGACAAAUACCAAUGAGAUCAGCAUUUCUUCAGGCCUUUGA